GCAGGUUUCACAGAUCAUCGCGCAAUCCAGACAGAGUGACUUAGACCUCACGUCCAAAACAAAUAUGUGGUUCAAUAUCGGGAUGAUGAAUGCGGGAUCUGUCCUUUCACUCACUGAGCCUUGGACCGGUCCGAAACCCGAUCUGGACAGACCAAUGAGUAUCGAGGUUGCAGUGGAUGCCUCUACGCUGCCCACAACUCAGGUGCUGCUGUUGAACGGCAAAGGUGCAGAACCCAACUCGCGAUAUGUUGUGCUGGAGCACUGGUCGCUGUCUAUCGACAAAGCCGCUGG